GUUAACUUUUUUAUUUAGAACAAAAAGCGUAUUUUUGUGGAUUUACAAACAUUUCCUUCAGUUAACAUGAUUUGAAUGAAUGGAAUUCAUUUUUCUACAACAUUGGUUUUUGUAUACCAGAUGUGAUACGUUAUAAAUAAUGGAAGUAGAGAGAACUGGGAAUAAAUUAAGUUGGUCAGAACUGAAGGGUGUCGUUAGUGACCUGAGAAGGCAAUUGUCAAGUUUAUCCACAAUGAUACCGACGGCUGUUUCAUUUCGAACCUUGCAAGAUGGUAGAACAAGGAUUUAUUUUUUAAGUACCCCACAAAAUGGAUGGGAAACCACCUUAUUAUACGCAGAUGUGCCGAAUAUUAACCAACCAACUAGCCUACGUUUGCAGUGGCAAUGCGUGAUCGAAUCAAAUUUUCCCAGUCUAUCAUCUACUAACAAAUUUUCACGAGAAGAGCAGUUGUUGUGGGAAAGAAAGCGCCUAGCGACCUGGGGCAUUAAUACUUAUGAAAUCCACAGUGACUCAGGGAAGAUCAUUUUUCCUGCUUCUAGUAGUUUGUUUCAGUGUGUGGAUAAUGGAUAUUCAAAUGGUCCAUUAUUUCCUACUAAGUUGCGAAUGACUUCAGCCGGAGCUAAAUUAAAUCCACAAAUUUGCCCCUCAAAUCCCGAUCUCGUUGCUUACAUUUGUAACCAUGAUAUCUGGGUCACUCAUACUGUAUCUGGGUCAAAUGUUAGACUGACUUAUGCGCAUAAAGGUGGCAGAAACCUCGCUGACGAUCCUUUAUGUGCUGGCGUACCUUCGUACGUCAUGCAGGAGGAAUUUUGCAGGUACCAAGGGUACUGGUGGCAACCGGCUUCUGCAGGAGGCACUUUUAGAAUUUUGUAUGAAGAAGUUGAUGAUGGUGAUGUGAAAAUCUUUUGUUUUCCUUCAUCUCAGUCAGAUUCAGGAGAGGUAGAAGAAUUUAGAUUUCCUAGAGCGGGGUGUGCUAAUUCAAAAUCAUACCUAAAAAUGGUUGAAUUUAAAAUCAACGAACACCGACAGAUAGUUGAUGUGUGCAUGUUGGAAUUGCAGUUCUCACUAUCAAUGCUAUUUCCCUGGAUGGAGUACAUUGUUAGGGUUGGCUGGACUCCUAAUUCUGAGUACAUUUGGGUCCAGCUCUUGGACAGGCGGCAGCAAAAGCUCGAGCUGGUUCUCUUGUCCCUUAGCAAUUUUACUGAAGUUCUUCCAAUGUACGACGACACAACUAGUGUACAUCUGGGUAGCCCAAUAGUCCAAGUGAUCUAUUCGCAAGAGUCCCGAAUAUGGGUAAAUGUGCAUGAUCUACUAUGUUUUUUGCCGUCCACAGAUCACAGCAAUGAAGUGCAAUUUAUUUGGGCUUCAGAAGACACAGGUUUUCGACAUUUGUAUUUAAUUACAUCUCAAAUAAUACCAUAUACGAAUGGGGUCACGGAAAGCACCGAACCGAUGGACUACGUAUUUUUACAACCAAAAAUUUUAUCAAAAGUUGCUUUGACGUCUGGGGAGUGGGAGGUUUUGGCUCAAAAUAUUUGGGUUGAUUACGAGAGACAGCUAGUUUAUUUUAUGGGGCUUAAAGAAACGCCGUUGGAGAAACAUCUUUAUGUUGUUUCACUGCGAAGGCCAGGUGAAGUUAGGUUGUUGACUAGACCGGGUUUUUCGUAUUCAGUUGAUUUUAAUAAGGACUGCACAAUGAUAGUGACCGUUUACAGUAAUAUUCAGAAGCCACCAGCCUGCCAAGUCUUCCGAAUAUCUCACAGCGAUUGGACAGUUGAAGGUGUCACGUUAACACCUAUAGGAUAUUUGCUAGAAUCUGCCCCCUUGACUAAUGAUAAUUAUUGCCCGGAUCUAUAUACCCAUGAAAUAUCAUCAGGUAGCGUUUUGUAUGCCAUGGUGUUCAAACCCCAUAAUUUUGAACAUGGUAAAAAGUAUCCAACUGUGUUGAACAUAUACGGCGGACCGGAAGUUCAGCUUGUUUCAAAUUCAUUCAAAGGAAUGAGACAACUCAGAAUGCACAUGUUGGCAGCUAGAGGCUACUGCGUUAUAUCCAUAGAUUCCAGAGGCUCCCAACAUAGAGGGUUAUUGUUUGAAAGUCACAUUAAAAAGAGAAUGGGGACUGUGGAAUUAGAUGACCAAGUUGAAGUCCUGAAGUGGCUGGCUGACAAUUUAGAUUUUAUUGAUUUAAACCGAGUUGCAAUCCAUGGAUGGUCUUACGGCGGGUAUCUCAGUUUGAUGGGUCUAAUACACUAUUCAGAGAUUUUUAAAAUUGCCAUUGCGGGCGCUCCAGUAACCAACUGGAAUUUGUAUGACACAGGAUACACAGAGAGAUACAUGGAUUUGCCGGAACAUAAUCCACAAGGUUAUAUGGAGGGUUCAGUUUUAAAUUACAUCAACAAAUUUCCUGAAGAGGAAAAUCGGCUUCUAAUAAUUCACGGCCUUAUUGACGAAAAUGUCCAUUUUUAUCAUACAAGUCAGCUUAUUAACAGUAUGGUGAAAGCAGGCAAACCAUAUCAGCUGCAGAUCUAUCCGAACGAAAGGCAUUCUUUAAGACACAUUGAUGCCAGUAAGCACUAUGAAACAACUCUGUUGUCUUUUCUUCAAAAUCAUUUAUAACUCUAACAUCGUUUCAAACAUUGUUGAUAGUCAGCCAGUAUUAAACAAAACGUUGAUUAGAAAUUUUAUCAAGAUGUGUUUAAUAAGAUUGUUAGUGAGAAAUUUCACUUCUUGUAUGUUAUAUGUGGAUUGAAGUCAGCUUUGUAACAAGUUUUAAAUGCCGUUGUAAAUAUAAUUCUACUUAAAAUCGCAAUUACUGAUUAGUAAGGCUUUUGAUUCAACUGUAUAAAUUAAAUUAUUAAUAUGAAUUUCUAAUAAUUAAAUCAACUGUUUUUACCGU